CCUGUCCUGCCCCUCAUCUGAGCGCCUUGGCAGGGCUGAAGGCAGCAGCGAGGUGCUCUACUGACCUGGCAACAUGAGAGCCUGUCCCAAAGGCACUCCCUGCCUGUGCCUCAGUUUCCCCUGGUGAGUGAAGUGAGUGGGCUCCUGGGGGCCGUGCUGCACCCUGAGGGUUGGGAACAGUGCAGGGACCUGGCACAGCACAGGGUCUGGCACAAGCCCAGGCUGAGAGAAGGGGCUGAGGCACUGGGGUGGGCAGGGGGCAAAUGGGCAUCUGAGGGCAGGGCAGCACCCUCAGUCCUGCCAGCAUCCCCCCACUGAGCCCCACUCCAGGCCCAGCUGGAGCCUGGCUGUGCACUGUGAGCAGGGCAGGAUGAGAACCAGGUCGUGGGAACCUUCCGUGGGAAAAGGGGCUGGGGGAACCGGGGGCUGUGCCCGCCUCUACCCUGGGGAGGCCGCGGCUGUGCCAGCCCCGGGGCCACUGGCUGCCGGCCGCAGGUCUUGGCGGCGCAUCCGUCCGUCUGUCCACAGGGACCAGUGCUGGACGGCAGAGCCCCGCUCCGCCCUGGGCGGCCCCUCAGAGGAGGGGCCCGCCGCCCCCUCGCCGGCCGGCGGGUUUUAACGGGCCGUGCUGGGGCCGUGCGGCAGAGCGGGAUCAGCGGGAUCAGCGGCAGGGCUGGAACGGCAGCGGCUGUUCGGGAGGAUGCAGCCGGACCUCCCCGUCAGCGACGCGGUGCUGCGCAGCCCACCAGCCCCCGAGCCAGCCGGCGGCCCCUUCCCCAGCACUGAGGCCACCAAGCCACCCUACAGCUACAUUGCCCUCAUCACCAUGGCCAUCCAGAGCGCGCCCGAGCAGCGCAUCACCCUGAGUGGCAUCUACCGCUACAUCAUGGGCCGCUUCACCUUCUACCGCGAGAACAAGCAGGGCUGGCAGAACAGCAUCCGCCACAACCUGUCCCUCAACGAGUGCUUUGUCAAGGUGCCCCGCGACGACAAGAAGCCGGGCAAGGGCAACUACUGGACCCUGGACCCGGACUGCUACAACAUGUUCGAGAACGGCAGCUUCUUGCGGCGCCGCCGGCGCUUCACCAGGAAGAGGGGCCUCCGGGAUGCACCAGGCACUGAGGGGGACGAGGGGCGCGGGAAGACUCCCAGGCAGCGGGCACGAGGGCUGCCUGCCACCCCACUGCCAGAGGAGGGGAAGGCAGAGGGGGGCUACACAUCACCAGCAGCCACGGGGCGCCUGCCGAGCCCUGCCACGCUGUCCGAGGGUGCCGGGGUGCCAGGGUGUGCCGAGCCCUGUGCCCGGCGUCAGCCACCCAAGGCCACGCAGCCCUUCCUGUACCUGCCGGACUCGCCACAGCCCAAGAGGCCAUUCUUCACACCCCCUGAGAGCCGCCCACCCAAGGAGACUGUCUUCGGGGGGCUCCCGGCAGCGCUGCAACUGCCCCGUCCAGGUCAGUACCCGCUGCCCGGCGAGCGCCCGGCCCAGCACCCUGCCCUGCUGCCUGCCCUGCUGCCCACCCAGCACAGGGACCCCCCACAGGACUCACCGGCCACACCAGGCACCCCCCCGGGGCAGCUGGAGGGCGAGGAGACGGCUCCCCCCGGGCUGGGGACAGGCCAGCCAUUCGGGCAGGUGCCACCAGCGUUCCCUGGCACCCUCCUGAGCACAGGCAAGCCCCCUCCGUCCUGCUUCCUGGAGGGAGAGGGCUACAUGCAGCCAUCCCUGCCCGUGUUCGGCUCCUUCAGCCGGACGGGCCCCGAGGCGCUGGGCAGCAGCUACCAGUGCCGGGUGCAGGCGCUGAGCUUCUGCGUGAAGGAGCGGCCGUGCGGCACAGCGCUGGAGCAUCUCCUGGCUGCAGCCCCCCCGGCCCCCGCCGCUCCCCGCCAGCCACCCUUUGGGGCCGUGGGGCCACGGGCGGGUGAGCAGAAGGAGCCCUGGGGGCCGGGGGCUGCGAUCCCACUGCAGGGGGCUAACGGCUACCCCCUGGGGCUGCCCCCCUGCCUCUACCGGACACCCGGCAUGUUCUUCUUCGAGUGAGGGACU